AUGCAAUUCUACAUCCCAGCUAUUGUUGCUCUUCUCGCCGGCAGUGCCGCUGCGCAAACUCCUCUUACGACAUGCCCCUUCAAUGGAGGACGUAUUCCGUUCGGCCAGUACGUCUGUACAGGCAGGGCAAUUGCUCCAAUCGGUUGGGCCUGA